AGAGACAAGCGCAACACUGACAAUAUCAAGAACAGGACGGAAAAUAAAAACGCAGCGAAUACCAUGGGUAAAAUAAAUAAACUUUUAUCAGAGCUGACAUCACAAAGUGGUACGUAUCUCCCAGGCCCUCCCGGUCCACCUGGACCGAGGGGAGAGAAAGGAUCUCGGGGUAAAAGGGGACUAAAGGGAAGACCUGGGAAUAAAGGCGACCAGGGUAUUAUGGGAUUGCCAGGAAAGACCGGUAAGCAAGGAAUCAUGGGACCUGUGGGACCAGAGGGCGAUGUUGGACUCAAGGGAAAAAAAGGAGACUUGGGUCCUGCAGGCAUGCCGGGAGCUAAAGGAGAACCUGGUGAAUUGAUUUCAGCUCCUGUUGUUGCUGUGUCCCCUAAAACACUGACAGUGAACGAGGGUGGAUCAGCUUCGUUUCAGUGUUCAGUGAGUGGUAAUCCUAAACCCGCAAUACAAUGGAGUAAAAUGAACAGUGAGUCACAAUUAAGUCCUUCAAUGGUAUCAGGAGGAACGUUGCUGUUAAACAACGUGGCAGGAAAUGACGCGGGAAAAUAUAACUGUUCAGCGAUCAACAUCUUGGGAAAGGCGCAUGCAUUGGUGCAACUUGUGGUGAACGGUAAGUUUGUUGUGACGCGGGUGAUUCGAUUGAUAGAAAUCCAUUCCUUAUCCAUCAGUUAGUAAGUAGUUUAGAUAUGAAGCCAAAAUAUUCGUUUUAGGCAUACAAGAGAGAUUAACGGGUUGAUAGUUCUUCUGUCACAAUAUAAAGUGCAUUUUUUACACUUUUUUCACUUCUUAGUGUUGUUGGAGUAAGAACAUCUUAUAUCCUGUCCCUAACUAUCACUCAAAAGUUUUCGAGAUGAGCAUCGACCUGUGGUAAAUAUAGGGUCCAUAUGACCGGGUUUUCUUUAAACAAUCUAAAGAUUUUUUCUCAGGGAAGUCAAUGCAGAGGCGAAAUUAUAAAACUGUUAAAUUUACAGUUGUUUUAAAGUGGUCUGAGCACUCCAUGUUUUUUCUAAGCUAAUUAGCAUGUUUAGUCCAAAUGAAAACCAUCCGUGCUUUAAGAGGCACUCUCAGUAAAAACCGCCCACUCAAUUUCGCGUGAAAAAUAAUUUUGCCUGAAACUCUGGUGGAUGAAAGCCUUUAUUGGGACUAUAACUAAAAUAGGUUUGCUUUGAUUCAAAGUUAUUUUCUGGCCGCGCUAAGAAGCACGAUUUUUUUUUGCCCGCCAUGGCCAUAUUGCGGGGCCCAAAAAUUAAAAAUUUUGCAUUUUUUGGAGUGCUGUAAAAUUUGUUAUUCGCAACAUCUCGAAAUAAAUUUAACACCUAUUUACUGAUAAAUGUCUUCAGUUUUUCUAGAUAUUAAGUAUUUCUCCGUAAACGUACCCAGAAAGAUGAAAUCAACCAAAAUAUGACCCCUAUAAAAUGCCAUCGAACAGACAGCCAAAAAUGCGGUAAGUGUAAAACGCAGACUGCGGACUGCAGACUGCAGACUGCGGACCAGGGGUAAAAUGCAGACUGAGUGUAAAAUGCAGACUGCAGACUGAGAGUAAAACGCAGGCUGGGGUAAAAUGCAGAAUAAAGACUGUAGACUUUUUUAAACAUUUGUGCUCCUUCUUCUUGAAAUCGGUGAAAUAGCUAACCGAUAUCAGUUACACACUUCGCUUCCUAGUCCAAGUGAAUUGCACAUUCGCCAGAAGUUUCAAUGAACAUCCAAACAGCUUAAGUCUGCGUACCUUGAUUUGCAAUACUUUCAUAGAAGGUCAUCCAAAUUUCCUGCAGAACAUCUUUGUUUGUUGUUGGAAUGACUUCCUCCCUUUUUUAUCGCCAUAAUUCGUCCCGUACAGUGUUUUGGGUCAGCAGCUUUCAUUUAAGCGUAUACAUCGUGGUGUUGUACCACUGUUCACGGUCCCUGGUCACGUAUACCGAAAACUUCGCAUCUAAAGUUGUAGCGUGAAGUCUCUCGGACGGAAAAAAGGUUCAAGAUUGCGAUUAUGUUGUCGGGUCGUCAACGACGUUCCAGAGAAGAAAGGAAUGGAUUUGUGAAAGCAGAUGUCAUCAAGUAAGUGUUCGUUUACAUGUAUUUGUGGGAUUUUUUUGCCCUUAAACCCUUCCACGACUACAGUUUAUGCUCGGUCUGCAUUUUACCCCAGCCUGCGUUUUACUCUUAGUCUGCAGUCUGUAUUUUACACUUAGUCUGCAUUUUACACCUGGUCCGCAGUCUGCAAUCUGCAGUCCGCAGUCUGCGUUUUACACUGACCGGCCAAAAAUGGCCUUAGUUUAGAAGCAUAUUUCUACUUUUUGGGACAGAGUUGAUUAUUCUAGACUAUAGAGCGGAAAAGAUUGUUCCUUAAUUGACAAGAAUUUGCAAGAACCCGAGUACGAUUUCAGUAUUUCAAAAGUUAUGACCGUUUGAAUUAACGAACAUGUCCACAUUGAGCGAUUUGUCGUCCAUUAAUACUGUGUGAAAUAAUGAAUCCAUCUCAAGAAAAUUUUGCGGUCAGUGUAAAACGCAGACUGCGGACUGCAGACUGCAGACUGCGGACCAGGGGUAAAAUGCAGACUGCAGACCCAGAGUAAAAUGCAGGUUGGGGUAAAAUGCAGACCGAGCAUAAACUGUAGUCGCGGAAGGGUUUAAGGGCAAAACAAUCCCGCAAAUACAUGUAAAGGAACACUUACUUGACAUCUGCUUUCACAAAUCCAUUCCUUUCUUCUGAGGAACGUCUUCACGACCCGAAAACAUACUAGUAAUCGCAAUCUUGAACUUUUUUCCGUCCGAGAGACCUCACGCUUCAACUUUUUCGAUACGUGUGACCAUGAAUUGGUACAACACCACGAUGUUUACGCUUAAAUAAAAGCUGCUGACCCAAAAUACUGUACAGAAAGAAUUCAAAACAAUUAUGGCGACAAAAAAGAGAGUAAAUCAUUCCAACAACAAAAGAAGAUGUUCUGCAGGAAAUUUGGAUGACCUUCUAUGAAAGGAUUGAAAAUCAAGGUACGCAGACUUUAGCUGUUUGGAUGUUCAUUGAACUUUUGGAGAAUAUGCAAUGUACUAACUUUGACUAGGAAGCGAGGUGUGUAACUGAUACCAGCUAGCUAUUUGGAGAAGAAGGAGCACAAUUGUUUGUGGAGUCUACAAUCUUCAUUCUGCAUUUUGCACCCAGCCUGCGUUUUACCCUCAGUCUGCAGUCUGCAUUUUACACUCUAUCUGCAUUUUACCCCUGGUCCGCAGUCUGCAGUCUGCAGUCCGCAGUCUUCGUUUUACACUGCAGGCCCGUAACCAGGAUUUUAUGUGGGGGGGGUGCUAACGAGGCCAAAGCGGACCCAACUACGGAAAUGCAUUUUUUAUCGUGGGAUCCGUUUAUUUAGGAAAGUAGCAAUACAUGAGAAAUUGUAACAGCAAAGAAAACGGUAGGAACUGAAUAUUACAUUUUUCGAAUACAACUGUUUGAAUUUAGUUAUAAAGGAGUAAUUUUACGAUGUAAAAUGAUACAUCAAAAUACUGCGGAACUAAUCCGUCAGAACAGUUCCGAGCUCCAGCCUCCGUGGGUGUAGCGACUAAAUCUCAGAGCAUAAUAAUGGGAUCAAGACUGGUGGACAUUGCGAAAAUGAGUAUGAUUUACCGUUUAUAUCUCGCUGUAAAACUGUAGUUAACUGAGAUAGAUCUGAAGUCGUGGUUUCAGCUGGGCUGUCAUCGCAGACUGCAUUGUCAUUAUCAGCGUCUGAUAGCUCUUGACGGGGUACUUUACUGACCCAUUGAAUUGUAUCGAGAGAUUGGCAAGAUUUAGCUGCACCCUUCCUCUUUCUAUUUUCCUGUUCUCUCAUACCCAUAACGUAUUACACAAAACACUAAAUUUGCAUCUUCAGGCGUUCAUGCGCUCGUACAAGUACAGAAUACUACCCGACGCGUUAACGGACGUGUCUGACAAAAAUCGUGAGAUCGCUCCCUUGUCAUUGUCUCGCUCGUCGUAAACUCCCGUGCAAAGCCUGCGCCCCGGGGCCUGCGCCAAUGUUGAGGAGGCAGGAACGUCACAACGAAGGAACUCUAACAGCUUUAAUGUCAACGGAAUCGCUCGUACAACAAGAUGGAUGCGAUAAUCACACACACGAGGGAAAACCGGCGCGCGCAUAUAAUAUAACACAAUGCCGCAGGCACUGCCUGUUGGCGCAACCUCUUCUUCCGCGUAAAUGAAUGCAAACUACCUAAAAGGUAGAACCGAGACGAAAGAUAUAGUGUCAUAAUGGAAAACAAAACCUGAUAACAAACAGACUAAGGCCUAACAGUCACUGCAAGUUAAAACUUAUCGCUGCAGGAUAAAACGUAACGACGCAAAGGCUAAAAUCUAACAUAGUCAUUUAAGUACGAAGGUGGUUUCCGCUGUCUAUGGACCAGGAGUCUCAGGAGAAGAACUGGGACAGGACGGCAGGGCCUGAUCUGGGGCUGUCGCACUGGUGCUGGGCUCCCCCUGUAGAACAGGUAGUGAGGGAACGCCAAUAGGGGCUUCAACGGUAGUGUCAUCACACGUGGACGAAGGGAAUUGCUCCUCGUCAGACGGUACCGAGGUAAGCUCAGGCGGCGCGGGAGGAGGUGACUCUGGUAAUACUGAGGCAGCAGGCACAGCAGGGGUUACCGGAGAAGGCUCAUCAUCCUGGUCUUGAGAAGCCGGAGGACCAGAAUGAUCGGCCACUAUAACGGAGGAAGAAGUAGCGUAACACUCGGACAACUUGACUUUGUAGGAGGUGGCCCUCAGUUGUGAACCACUGAACUUCUUAACGAAGCACCAAGGGAAGUCGAUGGAAACCACAAUAUAGCGAUCACGUGUGCGAGACUUGUCCUUAUCGGAAAUGAGGUAUACAAUGUCGCCAACCUGUAGUGCAGGCGUGUUUGGAACAAGACCGCGGGGGUUCUUAGACUUCUCACUGGAGGCAUGGUUAGUGGAACGUUGCUCGUGUUUACCAAGUAUGAGGUCGUAAUCAGACUACGGCAACUGUUCG